AUGUGUGUCAACAUAGAGUUGACAAGGACCUCGAACAACGUAACAGAAAGUCAAGAUCACCAAUCCGGAACAAGAGGAAGGCGAACAAGAAAACUGCGAGAUGAUGAAAUUGUAAUUCCUAAGAAUUACAAACAGGUUCUUAAAUCUAAGCAGAAGGACCAGUGGUUAGAUUCAAUGAGGGAUGAAUUAGAGUGUGAAAUUUGUAACAAGUCAUUUGCUCAUAAUGGAAAUUUAAAGAGGCAUUUGAGGACCCAUACUAAAGAAAACCCAUACUCUUGUGCAAUUUGUCAAAGGUCAUUUUCUCAGAGUGGAACUUUGAAGAUUCAUUUAAGGACACAUACUAAAGAAAGGCCAUAUUAUUGUGCAAUUUGUAAAAAGUCAUUUUCGGAGAGUGGAAGUCUAAGGAUGCAUUUGCGGACACAUACUGAAGAAAAACCAUACUCUUGUGAAAUUUGUAAGAAGUCAUUUUCUCACAGGGGAAACUUAAAGAAACAUUUGAGGACACAUACUAAAGAAAAACCGUAUUAUUGUGAAAUUUGUGGAAAGUCAUUUUCUUUUAGUGGAAAUUUAAAGAGCCAUUUAAGGAUACAUACUAAAGAAAAACCGUACUCUUGUGAAAUUUGUAAAAAGGCAUUUUCUCGGAGUGGACAUUUAAAAAUUGACAGUCUCGGGAAGCAUUUGAGGACACAUACUGAAGAAAAACCAUACUCUUGUGAAAUUUGUAAGAAGUCAUUUUCUCAUAAUGGAAGUUUAAAAAUUCAUUUGAGGACACAUACUAAAGAAAAACCAUACUCUUGUGAAAUUUGUCAAAAGUCAUUUUCUCAUAGUGGAAGUUUGAAGUUUCAUUUAAGAAUGCAUUCUAACGAAAAGCCAUAUUCUUGUGCAAUUUGUAAGAAAUCAUAUUUUCGGAGUGACAGUCUCGGGAAGCAUUUGAGGACACAUACUGAAGAAAAACCAUACUCUUGUGAAAUUUGUAAGAAGUCAUUUUCUCAUAAUGGAAGUUUAAAAAUUCAUUUGAGGACACAUACUAAAGAAAAACCAUACUCUUGUGAAAUUUGUAAGAAGUCAUUUUCUCGCAGUGGAGUAUUGUGCAAUUUUGGAGGUUUACAGAGCCAUUUGAGGACACAUACUAAAGAAAAACCAUACUCGUGUGAAAUUUGUAAGAAGUCAUUUUCUCAUAGUGGAAGUUUGAAGUUUCAUUUAAGAAUGCAUUCUAACGAAAAGCCAUAUUCUUGUUACUCUUGUGAAAUUUGUAAGAAGUCAUUUUCUCAUAAUGGAAGUUUAAAA